UUAUGGGUGAUGAUCAAGCUUUCCAGAUUGCCCUGGGUAACAUAGACACAACCACUGGACAGAGAAUUGGAGAAUUUGAUCCACGAACAAUCCAGCAAAGCAAGUGCCAGAUUAAAAUCCAAACAACCCACAUCUGGAACAAGAGUUACGAUGUUCAAUUAGAUACUACUGCAUCUGGUGUUAACCAGGCAACCACUGAUCAGAAAAAGGGCCAUGCAUGGAAAGAUGAAUUGGUCAUAAAGAAAGCAAACUGCAAGAGGAAGAGAGAAGGUACCAGCAUGGAAAGAAAGGUGAUUGAAAACAUGGACUUCAAGUCUGACAAGGAGUUGGCGUGCAUGUAUGAUGACAAUGCACCGAAUGAGAAGAAAUUUCGAGUUGAAGAAGUGAGACCAAUGGACCAAAAAGCAGAUGACAGUAGUACUUCUAUUGUCAUUACUGCACCUAAAUCUCCCUUGAAGGAUAGAGGCAGAGAAAACAAGUCAGCCUCUUUCAAGAGGAACACAUUUGCUGUGCAGACAUUACCCUCCAGAUCCAAACUGGAUAUGAAUAAACCAAGAAAUAAAGUUUGUAGCAGGUAUUUUCCUUGCAAUGGAAAGAUUCAAGAGCAAGGAAGUAUUAAAAAUCAUCGACCCGAGAGAUGUUCUGAUUCACAGACAUUGAAUGGUGAACACUUUGAGUCAUGUCUACCAGCGGGCAGCGGACAGACGGAUAAUGUAGUCGCACAUUACACAGCAGAAUCUCAUGUUUCAUCUACAAACAUUUCUGUCUCUGUAUUUAACUGGUCAAAGAUUAGUGGCACCAAUCUGUGUGGUAAACGAGAAGAGUGUUUGCUAUCAGGAGCAUGGCAAAAAGAAGACUUUCAUAUUGUGAAAGCGAAUGAGGAUCUCUGUGAGAAUGCCAAAACACUGACCUCGACAUCAUUGCUAAACAGACCGGAACCAUGUACACCUACACCCAGAAAUGCACAGAGGUUGUCAGCAAAUAAGGUCACUCCAUCAAGUGAUAAACGAUGUACAGGAGAGCUCCAACCUAUGGACUUGUCAGUCAAUGGUGAUUUCAAGUUGGCCAUGAAGGACCAAUUUAUCAACUGGUACGCCGACAAAGUGUCGGAGAAUUUGAUUGAGUCAAAGAAAGACACAGGUGUUGAUUUACGCAUUAGCGUAAUGAAGCCUCUUCAUGCCAGGUGGAUGGAAGCCGCGAUUUCAAAGUUCAAAAGGACUGUCGAGUAUCAGGCUUGUUGAAGAACUCCAAGAAUGUCAAACAGACAAAUCUCAAAGAAAUGUUUCGCAUGUUUGCUUUCAAGAAGUAGAUAUGAAGAAUACAUGUGGAUUCAAGGUGAUGCAAAGGUGAACAUUCAUGCAGUUUAACAGUAUUCAGAUAUUAUCAACUUGUGACUCACAAACACUUUACCUGCGCUAAUCAUAUGUAAGAAUAGAGGAGGAUUUUGUAUUGAAUUUUAAUACAUAACUAUAGUCGUGUAUGAUAUGCAUUCAUGUAAGUGGCGACGAGUUGUGUCAUGCAUUCACCUAAAUGUAAAUCUGAAGAAAGGUUUGUUGAAACAAACUGUGUGUAUACUGUAUGUCCAUUAAACUUGUUGUUGUUGUA